AUGCUUGGUGUUAUUGACCAUGACGUGGUUGAGCUGAAUAAUAUGCAUAGGCAGGUUAUCCACACGGAAGCAUAUGUUGGUAAGCCAAAAGUGAAAUCUGCCGCUGCUGCUUGUGGCUCGAUCAACUCCACUAUUCAAGUUGUGGAACAUGAAGAAGCUUUGCAGACUUCCAACGCUUUGGAAAUUCUCAGCAAAUAUGAUAUAAUAGUAGAUGCAACAGAUAAUGCUCCUACCCGAUACUUGAUCAGUGAUUGCUGUGUGGUUCUAGGAAAGCCUCUUGUAUCAGGUGCUGCACUGGGAUUGGAAGGGCAGCUUACUGUCUACAAUUACAAUGGUGGUCCUUGCUAUCGAUGCCUCUUUCCAACUCCACCACCUAGAACAGCAUGCCAAAGUUGUGCUGAGGGUGGAGUUCUAGGAGUAGUUCCUGGUAUAAUUGGCUGUCUCCAAGCUCUUGAGGCUAUUAAGAUUGCAGCUUCUGUUGGUGAGCCACUCUCAGGAAGGAUGCUUCUCUUGGAUGCAUUGUCUGGACGGAUUCGUAUUGUCAAAAUUAGAGGAAGGUCUAUGCAGUGUGAAGCUUGUGGAGAAAAUGCAACAUUUACCCAACAGCAAUUCCGAGAAUUUGAUUAUGAGAAGUUCACUCAGACUCCCUUGCGUGUGCCUCCUUUGAAGUUAAAUCUACUUCCCAGAGAAUCAAGAAUCAGCAGCAAGGAGUACAGUGAAGUAAUUAUUAAGAAGGGACCUCAUGUGCUGGUUGAUGUUAGACCAGCACACCAUUUCAAGAUUGCAUCUCUACCAAAGUCUCUGAACAUUCCACUCUCAACAUUAGAGGCUAGGCUGCCUGAAGUAUCAUCAGCUUUGAAGAAAGAGGAAGAGGAAAGUGGUGCAGUUUCUGGGUCAAGUGCACAAUUGUAUGUAGUAUGUAGAAGGGGAAAUGAUUCUCAAAGGGCUGUUCAGUAUCUUCACAAAAUGGGUUUCACUUCUGCCAAGGAUAUUGUUGGUGGCUUAGAAUCUUGGGCCCACAAUGUGGACCAUCAGUUCCCUACAUAUUAGCUGACACCUCUAGCUAUGUUAAAUAUCACUUUCAUUAAGUUGUUAUACUGCUUGUUUAAAAUUAUUUCUCUUAUUAGUGACGCUGCUUUCAUUUUUCCAUGUCUAUUUACAACAUUCACGUGACUUUAUUUUUUUUAGUCUUAAUUCAUUUUAUUCUUGUUUUUC